CUGAGUUUGCGUCAACCUGUUGUAAAUGUUUAUCCGUUUAUAUUUGUUUUCUGUUGAAAUUUUAAGGUGUUGGGGCCAACAAAUCAUUUAAUAUAAUUUUUUUUGUGUUGGAGGUGAUAUGCAUAAUCUUUUAUUUGAUCAGUAUUUACCGAUUUAUUUUUUUAUGUAGGAGUGCUGAAAAUUUAUUUGGAAAUACCGUUGUUGUGCAUCGUUCUGUGUUUGGUUAUGUGUUUGUGUUAAACUGUUAAAUAUUAUAUUAGGUAUUCCCGAUAGUUUGAUAAUCUUAUUAUGGCUACGAAACUGGUAUUCCAGAGUGGUUUAACAAAAUCUGAUCCGCAACAGACGCCUGUUCUUGUUCUUGGUCAAGUGAAGCAUUUGACACAGUUAAAGUUUCAAACCAUCAAGAGUAAACUAGAACCUAGGGUUACAGAAGAAACUUUCAAGGUUGCUGUGUCCAGCUUACACCCAUCGCCGACUGAUAGUUGUUCGUUGUACUUAAAUCUAGCUACGGUAGCCGCAUUGCCUGUGAAAUGCAGCCGCCACAAUACUCCUUCAAGGGCUCAUGCUAUUACAAGGUUAAUCCAAGUGUCUUCUACAGGCGUUGAUGAGAGCAUUGUGAUUGUUUGUGAACGUAAUGACGUGUACGCAAGUGGAUGUGCUGUUGCCAGAGCAUUUCCGUUGUACUCAAAAAAGACAUCUGGAAGUAGCGAUGGGGAAGUCACGACUGUUUCUGUGGAAUUUGUGAUUGUUGGAAGCAAUAACGGCAGGGAAAACAGCCUUGUGGAAAGUGGUGACCUAUCUCCGCUAGAAAUUAACGCUCUAGACGAUGCAGCCACUGGCAUUCGUUUGGCUGCACGUAUAGUCGACAUGCCUUGUAACGAGAUGAAUGUUGAUCACUUUUUAGAGGAAGUUCAGUCAGUUGGCAGGGCAUUAAACAUCACCCCCACUAUAAUUCGAGGUAAAGAGCUGGCGGAAAAAGGUUUUGGGGGCAUCUAUGGAGUUGGGAAAGCAGCUGCCGUGCCUCCCGCCCUAGCGGUACUAAGUCACACGCCUCAGAGUGCUCAAACGACAGUGGCCUGGGUUGGAAAAGGAAUCGUUUAUGACACUGGCGGUCUCAGUCUAAAAGGAAAGACUGCUAUGCCGGGAAUGAAACGGGACUGCGGCGGAGCUGCUGGAAUCUUAGGUGCCUUCUAUGCCGCCGUGAAGGCGAACUUCAGCCACAACUUACAUGCCGUUUUCUGUUUGGCGGAAAACGCGGUGGGGCCGGACGCAACAAAGCCUGAUGAUAUUCAUACGUUGUACUCGGGGCGUACGGUGGAGAUCAACAAUACAGACGCAGAGGGGCGGUUGGUGUUGGCGGAUGGCGUGGUUUAUGCCCAGCGCGAUCUCAAGGCUGAUAUCAUUUUGGAUAUGGCGACUUUGACGGGAGCUCAAGGCAUAGCCACUGGCAAAUAUCAUGCCGCGGUGCUAACCAAUAAUGGAGAGUGGGAGGACCUCUUACUGCAGGCCGGACUACGAUCGGGGGAUCUGGUUUUCCCGAUUCCGUACUGCCCCGAACUGCACUUUUCGGAAUUCUCUUCUGCCGUCGCCGAUAUGAAAAACUCCGUGGCCGAUCGCAGCAAUGCUCAGUCCAGCUGUGCCGGACUGUUCAUUGCCGCCCAUCUGGGAUUCGAUUUUCCCGGUAACUGGAUUCAUGUGGAUAUGGCCACUCCAGUUCACAGCGGUGAACGAGCCACUGGUUACGGUGUUGCCUUGUUAACUACCCUUUUUGGUAGUUUUUGCAAGCAGCCUCUGUUACAAUCUAUCGCCCCGGAGUUGGAUAACGUUAACGAAACUGCUGCCAAGAAACCGAGAAAGAAAUGAUAUUAAGUGCAUUAAUUAAAUACUACAUAUUGGAAAGCAAUUAUUAACAAAUGGAAUUAUUAAGAUUACUUGCCCUUUUGGCAAAUAAUGCGGUUAAUAGUGUAUUUUUAAGAGAAAUUUCGCGUUGGUGCAAAUUGUAAAGUUUUAGUGUAUUGAAUAGUGUUUUAUAUAUAUUUUAAUCAAUUUUGUUAAUUCUGUAAUUUUACCUGUAAAUCGGUAAUAAAGUUUUAUAUUCUGCUGCGCCGCAUA